AUGUCUCAACACGCCUACCUCUUUCCGUCUCACAAACUUCAAGCACUUCCCACUACAGCCAACAACAACGGAUCAAUCAUCCUCAUUGCAUGUGGAAGUUUCAAUCCUAUCACCAAUUCACACCUCCGAAUGUUUGAAACAGCUCGGGACUAUCUCCAAAACGAAGAAAAGCUCUCCGUAUUGGGAGGUUUCAUCUCUCCAGUUCAUCAGGACUAUGCUAAAAGAAAGCCAACACUUAUAGAGGCUCAUCAUCGAGUGGAAAUGUGUAAAUUGGCUGUCUCUGAUUCGGAUUGGGUGGAUAUUGAUUUGUGGGAAGUGAAUCAAAACGAAUACAGUCGAACUUUAUUUGUGUUAAAACAUUUCACCGAGGAAAUUGAAAAGCUUUAUUCUCCUGAGAGUUGUUUGCAACAUCAAGUGAGAAUCAUGUUAUUGUGUGGAGCUGAUUUAUUAGAAUCUUUUGUGAAACCAGGUGUUUGGAUUCCAGAACAAGUGGAAUAUAUUCUUUCAACAUAUGGUGUGUGUUGUAUUGAAAGAGAUGGAAUUUCAAUUUCGAAAAUAAUUUUUGAACACGAUGUUUUGUACAAACACAGAAAAAACAUUCAUGUCAUACCAGAAUGGAUUAUCAAUGAUGUGAGCUCAACAAAAGUGAGACAACUUGUCAGAAGAAAUCACUCGAUCAAGUAUUAUGUUGCUGACAAGGUAGCUGAGUACAUCAAGAAUCAUCAAUUGUAUUUGGCUGAACAAACUUCAACCAAUUCUACGAAUAGUCAUGCAGUAGUAUUUGAAAAUAAACAAUUAUAA